AUGCGGGCGGCAGAGUGGGCGCAGAGCUGGCGGGAGCUCCUCACCAGCCUGGUGGCCACAGCAAGGGACAUCACCUCCUUCCUGCUGGGCGCCCUGCAGAGCGGGCAGGGCCCUGGCACUGACCAGCAAGCCACCGCCCCGUCAUUUGCAGACAUGGGGAAUGCCAUCGACUCGCUCAUCAUGCUGGGGAAAGGCCAGGGGCAGCAGGAGGACGACUCGAUCCUGCUCUCGGAGGAGCACAGCCUGAUCCUGACCUGCUGCUGGGUGUCAGUGAAGGAAGUCGGGCUGCUCUUGGGAGGCCUGGUGGAGCUGCUGCUGUCCCCGGUGCCUGCUGUCCCUGUGUGCCCGCUGCCGCUCACCACCCUGCAGACAGCAGCCAAGGUCUUCCAGGAAAUCCUGCUGCGGUGCCGGCACUGGGUGGGCUCCACUGUCCUGCGCCAAACCAUCGUCUGCUUCCUGUGCAGCGAGGCCGCCCGGCUGGCGGACGAGGAGGGAAUCGGCACCGUUUGCUCACUCCUCCGAGAGCCCAAUCCCGACGUCCAGUUUGCCAUCCUGGAAUGGGUGCUCAAAGGGGAGGGAGAAAAGUGCGAGGCCCUGGAGAAGGCCCUCCGGCUAACGCUGCUGGAGAAUUUACAGUCAGUGCUGCAAGACAGAAGGAACAAAGAGUUCCUGAUAUCAUACCUUGAGGCUUUGAUGCAUCUUUGCAGAAAUACCACAUCUUGGUCUCAGGAUGCUUCCUGUAAGCUCCAGGGUUCCUCAUCAGCUUGCGUGGAAAUCCUGCUCCUCAUGAUGGAAACUGAGGACCCUGGCCCGGACCUCCUCUCCCAGGCCCUGUGUGUAGCUAGCCUGCUCCUCAUGCUCGGGCUGGUCAAUGUGGGUAUCCACCUUCUGCAAGAUGAGGAGCAGGAAGUCCGGCAUGAGGCCUCCAACUUUGCCAGCCUGGUGUGCCAGCUCCCGGGAGAGCAGGUCCAAGAGGGCUGCAUCUCUCUGCAGGCCAACACGGGGCUCCUGGGCCUCCUGCAGCUCCUCCUGGAGGAGUUUGGUGACCACCCAGAGACCUUUGGCUCAUUGCUGCAGCACCUUCCCCUCCUGGAUCUCAGAGGCAUCUUGGAAGAGCUGGAAGCCAACAAAACCAGCAGCCUGUUUAAGGAGGAUGAACCCAACGUUUUUGCGGAGCCGGCUGUCCUCUCGCAGCUGCUGCUCCCCUUCCUGCUGCAGCUCCUCGACAAGGCGUCCGUCUCCUGCCCGCUCCGCCAGUCGGCUCUCUGCUGGCUGGAGGCCACGGGCCCCAGCAUCCUACGUGACCUGCAGUCCUGCAAGCGCCGCUGGAGCCCAGAGGCCGUUGGACCCUGGUGGAUGAAGGCACUGGGCAGUGCCAAGCUGCACACAGCCGUGGCCGUGCUGCUGGCCAGGGCCAGGCUCCUGGUGCAUGCGCUGGAAGUUGUGCACGGGAGCGCCGCGAGUGCGCCAGGCCUGGGCUGCAGUGCCCGCGAGCUGCACCAGGAGCUCGUGCACGUGCAGGGGCUGCUGGCUCCCCGCAGGCGGAAAUACCCGCAGGAGCUGCAGGAGCCGGCGGUGAGGGGGGUAUCCUGUGACCCCCGGCACUCUGUGCAUCCUUCCAUCCCAUCCCACCUACCUCAACGCUCCAUCUCCGGGCCGCACAUCCCCCUGGGACCCUUUGAAGGAGUCGGGCAGGAUCUUGGCCACGUCUGUUUGAGAAGCAGCAUCCAGAUGAGGAGAUGA